AGUAGACGUGUCUUGGUUUGCAAAACAAAAACAUUGUAUUGUACAUUGAAAUUUGAAAUCUAUUCGUAGAUGUCGUAUUGUAUUGACGAUGAAUUGAAGUAUUUUCAGUAUUCUUCUAAUUUAGAUUGCGAUUGCGUUUCAAUAUUGUUACUGCAGAUUUGCAGCAGCACAUACUCUGUAAGCUUGUAAAGAGUUUCCCAAGGUUGUAUGGUAUUACCGUAUUACUUACUGUGUUAUGAAUUUGUAACCCGGACAGGUGGACUUCUGAGACCACUAAUUUGCCUCGAUUUGCAUAUGUACUGAACGAUUAUUGGGUCUUGUCACUCUUGUGUUGGGUCUUGUCACUCUUGUUUUGAUUGCCGAUUCUUGAACAUGAAGGCUCUGAUAUUAGUUGGCGGCUAUGGAACACGCCUUCGUCCACUUACUCUCAGCCGACCAAAGCCUCUGGUGGAAUUUUGCAACAAGCCCAUGCUCUAUCAUCAGAUUCAAGCCCUACACGAGGCUGGGGUUACCCAUAUUAUUCUUGCCGUGAGCUAUCGCGCGGAGAUGAUGGAGAAGGAGUUGUCGGAACUAGGUAACAAGCUGGGAAUUCAGAUAACUUAUUCCCUGGAAGAGGAGCCUUUGGGAACUGGUGGGCCUAUUGCUCUGGCCAGUCAGUACCUCGGCGAUGCCGACUUGUUCUUCGUCCUAAACAGCGAUGUCAUCUGUGACUUUCCCUUUAAAGAUAUGAUACAGUUUCAUAAAAAUCACGGAAAGGAGGGAACGAUAGUGGUGACAACAGUUGCGGAGCCGUCGAAAUACGGAGUAGUUAUUUACGAUGAAGUGGGCAGAAUUGGAAGUUUCGUGGAGAAACCUCAGGAGUAUGUAUCCAAUAAAAUCAACGCUGGAAUGUAUAUCUUCAGCCCGGGCAUUCUUAAACGGAUACAACUGCAGCCGACGUCCAUUGAAAAAGACGUGUUUCCUAAUAUGGCACAGGAAGGCCAGUUGUACGCAAUGGAAUUAAAAGGUUAUUGGAUGGACAUUGGGCAACCAAAAGAUUUCCUCACAGGAAUGUGCCUUUAUCUGAAUUCCCUUAGUCAAAAAGAUAAAGGAAGCCUUACCAGCGGGUCGCAGUUUGUCGGAAAUGUUUUGGUGCAUGAAACCGCGAAAAUUGGCCAGAACUGUCGCAUCGGACCGAAUGUUGUGAUCGGGCCCAAAGUUACGAUUGAGGAUGGUGUGCGAAUACAUCGAUCUACAAUUUUAGGAGGUAGUAAAAUCAAAGCCUAUUCUAUGCUCAAUGAUUGUAUAAUUGGAUGGAACUGCGAUAUUGGACGGUGGGUGCGCAUGGAAAAUGUGUGUGUUCUUGGAGAGGAUGUCAACGUUAAGGAUGAACUGUACCUCAAUGGAGGCUUCGUCUUGCCACACAAAGAAAUUAAAACUUCCGUUACAGAACCACAGAUCAUCAUGUGAACUUUUAUUUUAAUGAGUAAUGUGGCGUCUUCAGCGUUGCAUUUGGCCACAUUACUAUCCUUUUGUGCCUUGACAUUGUUUUUUUACUUUUCUAAAUACGGUUUUGUACGGUUUUCUGUUUUUAACAAUUUAUUGUUAAGUUGUUCUGAAUUUCUUUUGAUCCAUGUUGAAAAUUCCACAAAGAGAUAAUAUAAUAUUAUAUCAGCUUGAGCUUUACAAGUGAAUGUCAGAACAGGCAAAAAAUUUCGGUAUUAAAGCGUUUGU